UCUAACUAUAACAUUCGGCUAUCUUUCCAUUCCGUCCACUCUGCAAGGUGUUUCAAGAAUAAACUCAGUGGAGGAAUUGUCUCAAAUCUUGACGGGCAAUAUAAAUCUAUGCCACAGCACUAUCUAAUUGGUUAAAGACGCAACCAACACAGCCAUGCCAACCAACACCAUUACAAUCAUUUUUCCCCCUACCAUGUGUCUAUGAGAUCAUCGCGUGGGUAACGGACCUCACCGCAUCCGUUAGGGGUUGUUCAAUAGCUCGAGCGAUUAGGGAUCACGGUCAAGGGAAACGAGACCGAUGCCAUGGGCCUGUUUAUGCUCCGCGGCGAAAGCUGGAAGACCCUGAGGAGGAUUGUCCCUGGUUUCGAGCCGUUCAGUUACGAUAGAUCUCUUUACUGCGGCCUGCGUGACCAGUCAGAUACUCAGCGACAGCGUGUUAUCGAUGCAGGGAUGAAGUCGAUUUGGGGAGAGACCUCGUGAAAGGUGGAUUGUGUUGGAGAGCUCGCGACGGACCUGGCGAAGACGUCAUAUGAUCCCGCUCUGGUGCAUCUCGACCUGGAUGUCCUGGAUGGAUCGGUCGGCAAAGGCAAUGAUUAUCCGUCUCCAGGGGGGUUGUAGGAACACGACUUGAUCAGCUGCAUGGAUAUUGUGGGGAAGACUGCUGCGCCCACGUCACUCACCGUCUGUUCCUUUGAUCCCAAUGCCGGGGAUGGUGAUAAGAUAACACGGUUUGCCAUUCGAGCCAUCAAUACUUCUUUCCAGUCCUUGCCAGCACCUAGGGAUUUAUUGAAGCAUCAAAGACGAGACUUCAUG